AUGUCCUUGCGUCGCACACAUCGACUGCAGCAACACAAACCCCCGUCUGCACCUCUGGGCGGGGCUGAACUACACAACACUACACAACACAACACAACACAACAGAUACAAGUACGGAAAGUCCAUGAAGUCCAUCUGCACAGUCCAGAGGAGCUGAAGAGCCUGCGCCACCGCGUCCUCCGCCAUCGUCUGAGCCAACGCCACGAUUGGUCCAUCUCCAACAGAACAGUCCACUUCCUCCCUCCCGAGCGAUACGAUUGGUCCAUCUCCAACAGAACAGUUCACUUCCUCCUGAUCGAGCGAUACGAUUGGUCCAUCUCCAACAGAACAGUCCACUUCCUCCUGAUCGAGCGAUACGAUUGGUCCAUCUCCAACAGAACAGUCCACUUCCUCCCGAUCGAGCGGUACGAUUGGUCCAUCUCCAACAGAACAGUCCACUUCCUCCUGAUCGAGCGAUACGAUUGGUCCAUCUCCAACAGCACAGUCCACUUCCUCCUGAUUGAGCAAUACGAUUGGUCCAUCUCCAACAGAACAGUCCACUUCCUCCUGAUCGAGCGAUACGAUUGGUCCAUCUCCAACAGAACAGUCCACUUCCUCCCGAUCGAGCGAUACGAUUGGUCCAUCUCCAACAGAACAGUCCACUUCCUCCCGAUCGAACGAUACGAUUGGUCCAUCUCCAACAGAACAGUCCACUUCCUCCUGAUCGAGCGAUACGAUUGUUUCAUCUCCAACAGAACAGUCCACUUCCUCCUGAUCGAGCGAUACGAUUGGUCCAUCUCCAACAGAACAGUCCACUUCCUCCUGAUCGAGCGAUACGAUUGGUGGACAUACAGAUGGACCUUCUAUUGA